AGCGACGGCCUGGGUGAAAAGUGGAAAACCAAAGCAAAAGUAUUAAGCACACACACACGCAUGGCGCUCGCACACACCAGCAGGCGAGUGCGGAGUUGAGCGAGUGAGGGCUUAUAUAGAGGCCUUGGGCACAUAUCACGUAUACCUAUGUCGAUACUGGCCCACCGAGGAACCUUGUCCGCCUAAUGCACUCUCUUCUCUGCGGAUUUCUUUAAAACAAAAACACUUUGGCGAGGACUAUUUCUAAACUUUGCUCCUUCAACAACAAAAUCCACUCUGUAGCGCUCACACACACAAGAAUCUCCAGCGGAAAUCUGAAAGGAAUACUUCCCGAACUAAGCCCAGCUUACCGAGGACGCAAGAGCCAGCGCGGAACGCAAGUGCACUGCCUCGCGCGGAAGUAGAGGACCCACAGCCAGCAGGCGCCACGCCCGUAGAGCCACAGCCGAAAGAUGGCGGCCUUCAUAGCUAAGCAAAUGGUUGGAAACCAAUUAAGUGCCGUUAAAGAUGCUGCAGGCGGAGGUGAUGGAGGCGAUGAUGGCGACGACAAGGAAAAGGCAGAGGAGGAGGAGAGGGAGCGUCAGGAGGCCAUUAAGGAGGCCGAGGACCGGCGCAAGGAAAAGCACCGGAAAAUGGAGGAGGAACGCGAAAAGAUGAGGCAAGACAUUCGCGAUAAGUAUAACAUCAAGAAGAAGGAAGAAAUCGUGGAGGCGGCACCCCAAGAAGAACCCAAUCCCCUGAUGAGAAAAAAGAAGACGCCCGAAGAACUUGCCGCCGAAGCGGAGCAGGAAGAGCUCGACGACUUUACAAAACUGAAAAAUCAAAUAGAAACGCAAGUAAAUGAGCUAAAAACCCAAAUAGAGGGAAAAUGUGUCAUGCAGUGAUAUGUCAGUCAUCAUAUUUUCCAACAAAUAAAUAAAAUGAAAAAAUAUAAAUAAUACUGAAAACAUUCAACCCAUAAAAGGAAAUUUAUUUAACUCGACAUGAAAUUGGAUUUGUUAAUAUGAGAUCAGUUAAGAUUGGAAAACAUAAACAAAACUAAUUAAAAGCAUUACAAAGCUAGAGCCUAAAAUACCUGUAACCCGGCAGCAACGUAAAGCGUAUUAAACAUUAAACCCCCAAAAUCGAUUACAGCUAUAAUCCGAUACGAAGCAGAUAUAUGAAAUAAAAAUGCGAACAGGACGGUGAACUCCUUAUGAAUUCUAAAGUAGCUAAAGCAUUAACCAAAUUAUUUAAAGCCCAACUAUAGUGAAAGCCUUUAAUAAUAUUCAAAUCACUUUUGCUUCAAUAAUAAUGUAAUAUACUCAAACCCAAUUUACAAAACAUAAUCGUUGUUUAGUUGAUAACAUACAAUAAUAUAACGAUCUAAUAAAUAUAUCAAAUCCGCACGAUGACAUUCGAACCCAAAAAAAAAAUAAUAAAAACACAAAAAUAAUAUAAAACAAAAUAAAAAUGAAAGAAAAAUAUUAAGCAAAUGGUGUGACAGAGGAGGCUGCCGAAUCAUGUAGAACCGUCGAAGUUGUUGCUGAAAUCACUUUGGACUUGAAAUCCAUCAUAAGUAUAGAAAGAAUAUAAACUAAAUCGGCGAAUAUGUUAAAAUUGUCAUUCAAAUAUAUAUAUACACUCGUUAUGUAUAUGUAAAUAUUAUGAAUUUAACCACGAGUAUUUGAAAAUACUUACUUGCAAACGAAUUGACUGCGGAUACGUUUAAAUUAUUGAUGAUUCUCUAAAUUGUUUAUUGAAAGCCAGAAAAAAACCAUAAAAAUAAAGAAAAUGUUUCAGUCAAUUUGUUUUUCAAAGUUCGAGACAAACCAUCUUUAACAGCUGUUAUAUCAUUUUCUUUCUUAUACAAACAACAUACCUACACUACAAUUGAGAUUUUCAAAACUGUUUGAAAUAGCUAAUGAUCUCUCUGAUUGAUGCUUCUGAAAUACAUGUACUCUCAACAACAGCACAAGAAAACGCCUACAGCCAGUACAAGAACAACAUCAACAACAACAUCAACUACAGAAGUAUCUAAAUAUGUACUAUAAGAGAAAACUAUACUAUUCAAGCAAACAAUAGAGGUAAACAACUAGCCACAUGAACAACAGCAUCAACUAAACUAGAUCAUCGCAAUUUGCAAGCGACAAUUUCCUCCUAUCUUAUUUUUAAACGUUGUGAAUUAAUUUGGAUGUGGCUUACCAUUUAUUCCAAUCCAUAUACACACUCGUGUACUCUCACAUAACAUGGUCAUGGUGACAUGCGUAUGCAUUUAAUUGACUAUAUAGAGUUAUAAAUGAUUGAAAUUAUGUACAGAUCCAAUAAACAGCAACGAAAUAUGUGUAAAACUUGCAUUAAGAGCUGCGUAAAGAAAAAAGAUAAAUAUUCCACAUUCUUCAUCAACGUUAGCAAGCUGAUAUCUGUAUCUUUAAAACUUAACACUUAAAGCUUCGUCCCAUUGAUCUGCUAAAAAAUGUCAGAUAUCUUAUUGGUAGGACAGCAAUAAAGUAAAAAGUUCUAACGCCCCUCUCUGUCAACCUAAUAAAGCAAUCCUCUUGUGCCCCCUCGCUCCAUACAAAGUUAGGAACGAUGAAACUGAUGAAUGAAUGCCUUAACGUGGCUCAGAUGACUAGACCAUGAGUAGCGAAUAGAUGAUGAUAAGAAAAGGUGAUUCUACCCUAAGGAAAAGUAUUUGAAAUCCCUAGCUUUGGUUUCCCAAUCGCACACCUGUUACUAAAUCGGAAUCCAAAUAUCUUAGCUAUGAUCUCUUCAAGCUCGAAACUAUAAAAUCUAUAAAGUAAUGGCUUUCUAAAUAUUUAUAGAAAAUGUUUACCUAGAUUCUACUAUAUCUAUUGCGUUUUUCUCUCAGAUACUCACAUAUAUGAAGUUGAAGGUAACUUUAAUUGUUUAAUAUAUUGAAUACAUAUAAAUAAAGAAAACGAACACAACAAAUGAAACAUAUUAUUCAAUCGUAACCAAGUUUUUAAAGUAAUCAUAAAUGUUCGAAAUGUUAAAUGGUUCAGCCGAUUUUAUUUUCAUUUAUAAUUUGUUAAUAUUGUGUUACCGUUAAUAUUAUAGUAACGAAAAUGUAAUUAUAUGUAUAUCAGAAAGUUCACGAAACCACAUAUAAUGAAAAAUUUAUAUACAUACAUAUAUAUAUAUAUAUACAUACAUACAUAUAUAUAUGUGUAACUUAAUAG